GAGAUGAGAACCUGGGAAUGUGCUACGAAAACUUGAUGAAGAUAUGCCAAAACGCUUCGGCACCGCCACCACCGACGUGCAUUCGACCACCAUGCCGGCCACAUCGACCUCUUCAGCGAAUACUCUCCCCCCUCCGAAACCCGACCUCUCAUUCACCCGCAAGCCAGAAGGGGCCGUUUCUCAGUUCCUCUGGAGGCGUCGUAUGUGGGUCGAAAGCACAUUCGUGCUGUCCAUGCUCGAGCCAUGGGAGAAGAUUCUCCUCUUGACCAUAUUCAGCAUACUUACGCUUCUGGUCUGUUCGGGAAUUGUCUUGUAUCUGCCGCAACACAUCAUGGACAUGAAGGCACGAGCGAUGUACUACCUUUGGGGUCAGGAGGGGGGCGAACGUCUUCUGUGGCAGUGGCUUGGAUUCGGUUCGGGUCUGCACAAAGAGUUGUAGGCUUUCUUGGAUUGAAACGGUCGCUCCCUGCAAUCUUUCAUCUCCUAGACGAAGAAGGGAUGCUGAAGGCGAUUCAUCGACGGCCUUUACCUACUCACAUGCUUAAUUCUCGUUUCUAUAGAUAUUCGCUUUGCCAUGCCGAUCUCUGACCGAAACGUCCGCGUCAGGGCUAUAACGCUCUCAUUCGAUUGCUUAUAACGAUCAACUACCCUUGUCGAACUGUCUUUCUUUUUCGGUUGCGCGCAAUCCCAUGAAGUAUUUCUGCCAGCCCUCCGUCCGAGAUGAUGGGAUUCGAACCGGAGAGUCAACGGCGUCCGUUAAUUCACUUUCCAGUACAACAUUGACAGACCCGAAUACUGCCAACCACGCAUUUCGCCAGUUCUUGUUCCGGGGUUUUCUUUCAUGCCGUAUAUACACAUAUACAUAUAGAUAUACAUCAGCAGUCGUCCUGAAGACUGUAGCGCAAGUCGAUUGCAGUGGUCACAGGAGAUAUCUUGAGGCAAGGACAAACUUGGGGUAGAUUAGAUAUCACAAAUGAUCGGUUCGGACAUCUGGCGUAUUUUUCCGAAUGUGCGAGUCAGCACGCCAUAAUCAUCGUACGUGCAUUGAGACGUCUGACUUAUUUCUUCUUCUUCAACUUCCUUGCUUUUAGCCCCCAUGACGACCACUAUCGACCCAAAAGCAGCAGCCCGUGAGCUGCCUACGCCAGACCCUGAAUCGCCUCUACGAACGCGUAAACCGUACCGUUUCUCUACGCUAUGCGCUACUGUAGAGAACCCCGACAUGAAGGACCAGUACGGGAGCAGCUCUGUGCCCAUCUAUCAGUCUUCUACCUUCAAAGGGAUAGGAAAUGCCUUCGACUACUCAAGAAGUGGUAAUCCGACGCGGAGUCAUCUCGAGCACCACCUCACCAAGAUCUCUUCUGCGGAGCAUGCCUUGACUGUAGCGUCAGGCAUGGCGGCACUGGACAUCAUCUUGCGUAUCCUCAAACCUGGAGAUGAAAUCAUAGCAGGGGACGACUUGUAUGGCGGAACCAACCGGCUGCUCACGCACAUCCGCACCCAUGGUGGAAUCGUUGUUCAUCAUGUCGAUACCACCGACCCCACAUCUGUGCUCCGAUAUCUCAAAGCCGGCAAAACGGCAAUGGUCUUGCUCGAGUCGCCGACAAACCCUCUACUCAAGAUCGCUGACCUCGCAGCGAUCAGCAAGGAUGUCAAAGAGAGGGCCCCCGACGCGAUUGUCGUCGUAGACAACACCAUGAUGAGCCCGUAUCUGCAGCGGCCUCUGGAACACGGCGCGGACAUUGUUUACGACAGCGCAACCAAGUACCUAAGUGGACAUCACGACCUCAUGGCAGGUGUAAUAACGUGUAACCGCGACGACCUACACAAGCAAAUGGCCUUCACGGUGAAUUCGGUUGGGAACGCUCUAGCCCCGAACGACUGUUUCCUGCUCCUUCGGGGAACCAAAACACUUGCACUUCGCAUGGACCGCCAGCAAGCGACGUCUCAACUUGUUGCAAGCUAUCUCCACGGGCUUGGCUUCAAAACCAACUACCCAGGUCUUCCUGAUCAUCCAGGCCGCGAAAUUCAUGAGCGCAUCGCGACGGGGAACGGGGCGGUCCUCAGCUUUGAAACGGGAGAUAAGGAAUUGAGUGAGCGGAUCGUCGGGGCUACUCGUUUGUGGGGAAUCAGUGUCAGCUUUGGCUGCGUCAACAGCCUGAUCAGUAUGCCCUGUGUGAUGAGUCACGCCUCUAUUGAUCCUGCUGUGCGCGCUGCACGUGGUUUGCCUGAGAAUCUCAUCCGUUUGUGCGUUGGCAUCGAGGACCCGGGCGACCUUAUUGAUGAUCUGGAAAAUGCGCUCGUCGAUGCUGGUGCUAUUGCAUUCGAUGCGCAGCAAAACAAGUACACACGUGUGGUAUCAACAUUGGACGAACGGCUCAACACUGCCGUGAAGCAGCUUGGGUUGGAGGAAUCAGGGGAUCAAGAAUGGUUUGUCAGCGCUCCUGGCAAAGUCAUCUUGUUCGGGGAGCACGCUGUCGUGCAUGGAGUCACAGCUAUCGCGGCUUCUGUCGAUUUGCGCUGUUUUGGCCUGGCCACACCGCGGAAUGACGGGAAAGUUUCAGUUCAUUUCACCGAUAUCGACAACUUUUACCACGAAUGGGAUGUGAACUCGCUGCCUUGGGAUGCUGUCAAGCCUGUUCAGGAGCACGGAGAUGCACUGGACCAAGCAUUGCUGGAUGCGAUCUCCGCUGGCCCCCUGCAGGAUAUCGAGCUUUCGACGAAGCAUUCAAGAUCGGCUAGCCAGGCAUUCCUGUAUCUCUAUCUUACGAUUGGCUACGCACGAAGGCAAGAAUGAGCAAGGUAUCGUUCUUGUCGUGGCUGAUUACUUUUCAGGCCGGCAUUCAACUUCACAGCUCGUGCGACGCUCCCCGUGGGUGCAGGUCUUGGGUCAUCCGCCUCGUUCUCGACCUGUGCAGCAACUGCGAUAUUGCUCGUGAACCGCCUCAUUUCUCUCCCUCCACCGCCUCAGCCAAGCAGCAGCGAUGGCGAUGCUCCUCACGUCCAUGUCUCCCACCAGGGACGCAGGUUUAUUCCUCAAAAUGUUGCAGAACGGGUCAAUCACUGGGCGUUCAUCUCAGAGAAGAUCCUUCACGGCAAUCCCAGUGGAGUAGACAACAGUGUCGCAGUCUUCGGUGGGGCACUGGGCUACACUCGCGCUGGAUUCUCGUUUGGCAAUAAAGUUGGCAUAGAACAAAUUCAAGGCUUCAAGUCACUCAACUUCCUGCUCACCAACUCAAGGAUUCCUCGCGACACAAUGCAGCUUGUCGCUGGUGUAGGCGCGUUGAAAGCAAGAGAGCCUGAAAUGGUCGAUGGAAUUCUCAAGGCUAUCCAGGCCAUCAGCGACGAAGCUCGUCGGGCUCUGGCAGAUCCUGAACUGUCACGAAGUCAGCUCUUGGCUGCUCUGUCGUCCUUAAUCAAGGAAAACCACCAGCACCUCGUGACGCUUGGUGUGUCGCAUCCGUCGCUGGAGUCCAUCCGCUCGAUCACAGGCAAGGCCCCAUACGAUCUCAGCACAAAACUGACUGGUGCUGGUGGUGGUGGAUGCGCUGUGACGCUUGUUCCGGAUGAUUUCAAAGAUACAGCUUUGCGCAGUCUGAUGAAUGAGCUGGGCCAAGCUACAUUUACGCCGUAUCUGACCUCGGUAGGUGGCAGCGGCUUGGGCAUUUUGUCUCCCUAUACGCCUCCAAAACUGGGUCAUUCAGCGAGUGUGGUCGCUCCCGGCGGUCCAGCCACUCCUCCCGAGACUCCGAGCACUGGCCCUGAGCAGCCAGAGCUGCUCGACCUCAGGUUGGUCUUCGAAAAGCAGACCACAGAGGAUCUUGCAUCUUGGGUGGAAAGCCUCGGCCGGUGGCUAUUCGUCUAGGACUCCAAUCUUGUAAAUAUCUACCUGUACAAUAUAUCAAGAAUAUCCCUCGACCAAGA